AAAUAGAAUCAUUUCCUGAAAGAAGUUUUGCUGCUUUCUGCGCUUCUCCGGAAAAAUUCGCUCAGAUUUGUGUAUCCAUGAAAGUUGCAAAUCCGGAUGAAUUACUGUGCUCUUUACCAAGCAACGUUAUAACUCGUCUAUGGAUUCCUGGGUUGGCUAGCCUCGGCAAGUAUUGCGAGAAACAACAACUCUAUCUGAAUCCUAUUUAUCCAUUAAAUAUCUAUUUAUAGGGCAUAGAAACUCAAGAGCAUUUAUGACAUACGGCCUCAUACUAGGAGUUCAAGCAGCAAUUUAUUGCGGGUUUCAGAUUAUUGGAGUACCUCUUUUCACUGACCUGUAUCAAAAUACGAAAAGUUACACGCAAUUGAAUUUGGUAGUAUCUGUAGAUCAUCAACGAAUGACAGAGGAGAAUCUGGAUGCUGCUUUCACAGCAGUAUUACAGUAUUGCUAGAAUAAUACAAACGAAUUGUACCAUGGAGAAGAAGUGCACAAUGUUGAAACGGUUCUUGAUCGCGGUUGCAGUGGAAUGUACAAACAUCCGACCGCGUUUAGUUAUAGAAUUUACGCUCGCGUGUAAAACGAUUAGGAUUCGUACCAAAUAUAUCACAGAUAAUCGAUACGUAGAUUAUUUCAGGAAUGAAUACAAUGACUUCGGUAAUGACGAAAGAAAAUGCAUAUCCAACGUGAAAUAGUACCUCUUCAUUUCAGUGCAAAUUUAAAUAUCCUGCGAGGCAAGUCUGCAAUGACAAGUAGGCUAAGUGUGGGUUCAGUUUUCAGGUAGACAUCGUGCGUUGUAUACUCCCCUCCAACCUGACGAGAGUGACUGUAUUUACGAUAAGGCUUUUGCACAGCUACCAGACACUGUCAAUUCCUCAGUUCAGUGGGCACUCUUAUGUCACCGAAGCCAGUGGAAUCAUCCGUGAAGACAUGACCAUUUAAACUUUCAUCUUGAUACGGAGUCUGCGUGAGUGAAUUGUCGUCCGUACAAGUGUUUAUGAAUAAUUCCAGUUCGUGGUGAAAGAGAACCGCUGUGGGUCGAAUGAACCUUGAAGAACUGGCGAAAGUUCAGUUUACCUACGUAAUAUUAAACUUCGCGAGGUAGACAAGAUGAGACCGCUGAGUUGUAUCCUUUUUUUCGCGGUAACGUCCGUCGUAUUGCUCAGCGACGCCUAUCGAAUUUUGGGCAUAUUUCCAUUCAACGGAAUGAGCCACUUUGUCAUGUUUGAACGGCUUAUGAAAGGGCUCGCUGAACAUGGCCACCAAGUGGAUGUAGUGAGCCAUUUUCCACUCAAGAAACCUUUUCCCAAUUACACCGAUGUCGUAAGCCUCGCGGGCACAAAGCCCAAUUUAGUGAACAAUAUGAAGGUGCAAAUCGGCAAAAGCGACGAAAAACUACCUUCGGCAGCUGUUUUCUUCGCUUCCGUAUUUGGGAUUGAAUUGUGCAAAUUAAUGGAACAUCCAGAAUUUCAAAAACUUAUCAAGAAUCCACCGACGAAUCCUCCAUACGAUUUGUUGAUCACUGAAAUAUUCGGUGCCAACUGUUACUUGGCAAUUGGUCAACACCUCAAGGUUCCCGUAGUGGGUGUAGUAGCAGCGGCUAUGCUACCAUGGGCAAACGAAAUAGUCGCGAAUCCUGACAAUACAGCCUAUAUACCAAACUCAUUUUCCGAUUUCGAUGAGAAGAUGAACUUUUGGCAGCGAACCCAGAACACGCUGUCUAAUAUUUGGUCGAAAUGGCAGUUCAAUCGAAUCAGCGAAGGACAGAACGAGGUUAUAAAAAAGUACAUCGGUCCCCAUGCACCAACUGUCAGAGAGGCGGAGAAGAACGUCUCGUUGAUUCUGGCGAAUUCGCACUACAGCCUCAACGGUGUGAGGCCAUUUACUACGGCUGUUGUCGAAGUUGGGGGAGUUCACAUCGACGAAACGGAAGCGACGUUUACGAACGAUCUACUGCAGAAGUUCUUAGAUGACAGCAGCGAUGGCUUCGUAUACGUGUCUUUUGGAUCCAUGGUGAAAAUAGAAUCCCUACCGAAGGAAAUUCUCGCCAACAUGUACGCGUCAUUUGCUAAGUUGGCACCCGUUAGAGUGCUAAUGAAAAUUGCAAACCCGGAAGAACUACCACCUGGACUGUCAUCCAACGUUCUCACUCUUUCAUGGAUUCCCCAAUUGGCUGUUCUUCAGCACAAAAAUACGCGGGCAUUCGUGACGCACGGUGGUCUGAUGGGAACGCAGGAGGCGAUUUACUACGGGGUUCCUAUGAUCGGCAUACCUCUUUACGGGGACCAAAUUCAGAACAUCAGAGCCUACGCGAAGAUGGGUAUAGCGGUGCACAUAAAUAACGAGGAAAUAACCGAAGAGAACUUGGACGCUGCCUUUCGCGCGGUGCUUAAUGAUCCGUCUUACGUGAAUGCAGUGAAGAGAAUGUCGGAACGAUUUCGAGACCGGCCGAUGAGUCCAUUGGAUACAGCCAUUUUCUGGGUAGAACACGUGGUCAGACACGGAGGGAGCAACCUUAGGUCACCAGCAAUGGAUUUAACUUGGUGGCAAAUUGAAUUGAUCGAUGUUUACUCGUUUUUACUUUUUUCAAUAAUAUUAGCCCUGUACAUAAUUGUGGCUAUAGUGAAGAAAGUCAAGAGCCUAUUUUAUCCCGGUGAUGCAAAAUGCGAGGUCACAUCUCGCGAUAAAAAAGUUAAAUAAAAUAUCCACUUUUACACAGCUUAAUUUCUAUUUGCAUAGCCUUGGAUGCGAUCAACUUUCUGUGAUAAAAUUGAAUCGUACUCUUCCGAAUCACGUAAUGUUCUGUCAAAUACCCUCCGGAAAAUUUCAUUUAAACAUGAAUCUCUCACACAAUAUCGUAUUUACCGCAACCGCGAGCCAAUGUUAAUUAGUUUCAUUGAAAGCCAUUAACUGACCAACGAAGUUUCGUUCGAUCAAAUGAAAUCUCUAAUAUAUUCAUAUUUGAAUACACUUUUUUUCUGGGUCUACAAAAUCAACAUUUUUACGAAACAAAAUGUAAUCAGCAUGCAUAUUCAGGUUCCGGGAUGAAGUUACUGCAAAACUUACCACUACACAAAUAAAACUAGUUUUAAAUAAAUUGAACAAACCAAUUCACGAUUCACGUAUUUUUGUGAACGUAGGGGACAUACCGUUUCAAUUUCAUUAUUUCCAAAAAUACAAUUUGAUUGGAAUGAAUAACCUUGUAUUUCUCAACAAGUUCUAAAUUAUACGAGAAACACACCGUGGAAAGCCUGGUUUUAUAUUCAGAUGUUGACAAAUUUAAUAUACUGCUCGUUAUACAUAUUAUGGGCUGCGUUACCGAGGAAGAUCAUAUAAUUUUUGUGUAAUGUCACGACUUGUGUGAUUUACUAAAUGACCGACAAUGCAGGAGUUUUGUUAUAAAUCUCCACGAUUGUACGGGUGGGCGAUGAACCGAUAUUAUAAAACAUAAAUAUUGCUGUUCGUUGAUACUUUUAUGAAAUUAAAUUUUGGUUACAUAUCAAUUGGAAAAAUGUUUACGGAAAAUUCUUGGGGAUAUAAUGUAUCGGCGUAACUUGAGACGCCCGAAACAUAUCAGGCCUCUCGGUAUAAACUUACGUCAUUUUUAAUUUUACUUUAUUGUCAUGGGGAAUUCAUAGCUCCGGCGAGUUAAUCGAUGGCCACUAACAAUAAGCUGGAAAUAAUCCAUGCAUCGAUUGAUUGAGUACAGAAAAAAAAAAAUAAUCGAACAUGAUUCGAUUAAAUCGGUUUCUUAAACCGAUAAACCAAAAUUUCAUAAAUUUCAGCACGUAGUCUCAAUGGCGGAAAGAUUUUGUUAUAAUUUAUAAAUUCAUUUAAAAUAUUUUUCAAUUUCAGAUAAAAAAUUCAUUCAUCUGUUACUUACUAUAUGAAAUAGGUACUUAGUAAAAAAGACAAUGAUAAUAAUUGAUACUUUAAUCUUAUAAAUUGAUAUUGCAUUGCGUCAUUCAUGGAAGUAAAAAAUGAAAACCGACCGUCAGAAAAAAUAAUCAAGUCCGUCGAAAAUCGCUUAUUUUUGGUCAUUCUUACCGGCGAACGUGAUGUGACUUCUGGCACACUAGGGAUUAGAAAAGUUAAUCCUAGAAUGCAUCUUCACUGCGUCGGCUUACAGGAAGAAGUAUUAUCACGAUUCUAGAAAAAAAAUGUUGUCUUGACGACACGUAGAAGCAUUGAAUAAGUAGAUCCUAGAUUGAUCAACAGCGAUACAGUCGAAAACCGACACGGGAAAAAUGCAUACAAACUUCCUAAACGUCUGUGUGGAAGGCAAAUUUAUGUAGAUUAGGUAGAAUAGGGUAAACAGAGUGAGAAAAUGUUAGAGAAUCACUAAUAAAAAAGAAUCCAAGCCAUAAGGCAUAGCAAGUAUGCCGCAAAUAACUGCAGAAAAUGCGAGCUGUCGAAACUCGCGACCGGAAAAUAACUCACCGAUGGCUCUGGCCAAACAAAUGAGGAAACAGUCAGCCGAGGUGGUUCACGUUUCAACAGCAAAUUCGUUUUUGCGUCGGAUCAAAGCACUGGAUCGGAGAUUUAUUCUCCGCAUGCUCGCGUUUUCUGCACAUUCUUUGAAAUAUUACACUGCGUGACACGAUAUCGGUACCUGUAAAACAGAUACGUAUAAAUAAUAGAUUGCUAUUAGUGACAGUAUGUUUCUAUCGCAUCUUGUUUUUGAGGUGCCUGCCAAGAACUUUUUUAAUGACCCUAAUUUUACGCAUACAGUAGAACCCCGAUUAACCGGGCCGCUUCGGGACCGAAGCAUCCACGGAUAAGUGAAAUCACGGUUAAUCCGAAUUAUAAGUAAUUUCCGAUCGAUCCUCGGGUCGUGUCACAAUUAUGAUUAUUGGUAACUGUAACUAAAAAAUAGUACGUGUUAGAAAAAAAUAUAUACAUAUUCUAAUUAAACGAUAAGUUUGAAAGAAUAAACAGGAAAUCUCGAA